GAAACCCCUGGAAUUUAGUGAAUGCCCAAAAAGUCUGUAGCAGGUAAUUUCCCAUAGUUCUGUGCGUGACUCUCGCGCUUUUAGGAGGCGUGUGUUGUGUUGCUAGUUCUGAAAGUGUUCGGAUCACAAAGAUGUAUCGUCCUAAACCGACUCUGAAAGACAGACAGCACUUGUAUAAGCUGAUCAUCAGCCAGCUACUGUACGACGGUUACACCAACAUCGCCAACAGCCUCAUAAAUGAAGUGAAGCCACAGAGUGUGGUGUCUCCAUCUGAGCAGCUUAUGCAGCUCGCCAAGAUUGGAAUGGAGAAUGAUGACACUGCAGUGCAGUAUGCUAUUGGACGCUCAGACACGGUCGCUCCUGGUGUGGGCAUUGACUUAGAGUUUGAUGCUGACAUGCAGACCAUGUCUCCGGAGGCCUCGGAGUACGAGACGUGUUAUGUAACAUCACACAAAGGACCGUGUCGUGUAGCCACCUACAGCCGAGAUGGGCAACUGAUUGCCACCGGUUCUGCAGACGCCUCUAUUAAAAUCCUGGAUACUGAACGCAUGCUGGCCAAAAGCGCAAUGCCCUUGGAGGUGAUGAUGAAUGAGACAGCACAACAGAACAUGGAGAAUCAUCCAGUUAUUCGAACCCUGUAUGACCAUGUAGAUGAAGUUACCUGCCUGGCCUUCCACCCUACAGAGCAGAUCCUGGCUUCUGGAUCUCGUGAUUAUACGCUCAAACUGUUUGACUACUCCAAGCCCUCAGCGAAAAGAGCUUUUAAAUACAUCCAGGAAGCGGAAAUGCUGCGCUCCAUUUCCUUCCACCCGUCAGGAGAUUACUUGUUGGUGGGCACACAGCAUCCAACACUGCGCCUUUACGAUGUCAAUACGUUCCAGUGUUUUGUGUCAUGCAACCCUCUGGAUCAGCAUACAGAUGCCAUCUGCAGUGUGAGCUACAACCCAGGAGCCAACACCUAUGUCACAUGCAGCAAGGAUGGCAGCAUCAAGCUGUGGGACGGCGUCUCCAACCGAUGUGUGUGCACGUUCGAGAAAGCACAUGAUGGGGCUGAGGUCUGCUCAGCCGUUUUCUCCAAAAACUCAAAGUACAUUCUGUCAAGUGGCAAGGACUCUGUGGCCAAACUGUGGGAGAUCUCCACUGGUCGCACACUGGUCAAGUACACAGGAGCAGGACUGAGUGGCCGUCAGACGCACCGUACGCAGGGUGUCUUUAACCACACAGAGGACUACGUGCUGUUGCCAGAUGAGCGAACGGUUAGCCUGUGCUGUUGGGACUCACGCACUGCUGAGCGAAAGAACCUGCUCUCACUUGGCCAUAAUAAUAUUGUGCGCUGCAUCGUUCACUCACCCACUAACCCAGGGUUCAUGACGUGCAGUGAUGACUUCCGUGCUCGCUUCUGGUAUCGCCGGACCACCACCGACUAAGCUGCCACUGGGCUGCACAUGAGUUAUAUGACUGUGUGUAGAAAAUGUAGGCGUACCAGUUUAAGGUAUAAAGUGGUCACAGAGGUAUCAGGAGUGUAGUUGUUGUGUCUGAGCUUCACCUCGAGAGGGCACCAUUGUACUCUGAUGAACUCCAGCAUUUAUAAGCUGUCUGUCAGCUAUCUGCCCUUAAUGAAGUAGUUUUUUGUAUGUUAUGAUACGAGUUCUUUAAAUCUACAAGUGAAUUUGCCACUUUCGCAAUUUGUGUUUGAUACUGUUUUUAAUUAAAUAAAUAAAUUGUUUGCAUUGUAAAUCAAA